AACUUUUUUUUUAUUCCCCUUUCGAUUUCAUCAUCAUCAUCAUCAUCCCUUCUUCUCCUUUCUUCUUCAUCCUCGUUUUGUUUUGGUAUCUCUCUCGAUCUCAUCGGAAUAAGAACAAUCUUUAGAUUCUUGCGCAAAUCGAAUCAUGGCGGAUCAUCAUCAUCAAUGGAGGAAGAAGGAUCAUUUGGUCGGUUAAAAGAGAGGAAGAAGACGUAACCACGACGGGGGAGAUAGAACAAAUCGGGGGAAAUCGGAGAUGAUGGGGAUGAUUCCUUCCGCCGCCAAACUCCGUUUCCGAUCUUCUUCAAUCGAUUCUUAUUGCUUCGCUCAUGAGGCUUUCUCCGAUUGUCUCGUCAUCUCCAUCUUCUCCGUCCAUUUCUUAUAGCCUUUUUCCUCGUGUAAUACUAAUAAAUCUCCAGCUUUCCUUUCCUUUUCUUUUUUUCAAUUUCUCCAUUGUAACCUCACCUCGGAAUCCUCCUCUGCGCCCUUCUUCUUCUGUUUUUCGAUUGGCUUGUUUGUUGUGUAUACAUAUAUGGCUUCUGGUUCUGGAUUUUUAGGUCAGAUAUCAUCGUCGUCCAUGGAAGAGGCUGAUUUCGCCGAGAAAGAUCCUUCUGGCCGUUACAUCAGGUAUGAUGAUGUCCUGGGGAGAGGAGCUUUCAAGACUGUAUAUAAAGCGUUUGACGAAGUAGACGGGAUUGAAGUUGCUUGGAACCUAGUUAGCAUUGAAGAUGUAAUGCAGAUGCCUGGUCAACUUGAAAGGCUGUAUUCUGAAGUUCAUUUACUAAAAGCUUUAAAACAUGAAAACAUCAUCAAACUCUUUUACUCUUGGGUUGAUGAAAAGAACAAGACUAUUAACAUGAUCACUGAGCUUUUCACCUCUGGUAGUCUGAGGAUAUACCGUAAGAAACAUAGGAAGGUUGAUCCCAAGGCUAUCAAGAACUGGGCAAGGCAGAUUCUCAAAGGCUUGAACUAUUUGCAUUCUCAAAAUCCUCCUGUAAUUCACCGGGAUCUAAAGUGUGACAAUAUAUUUGUCAAUGGAAAUACUGGAGAGGUCAAAAUUGGAGAUCUAGGGCUUGCAACUGUACUGCAGCAACCCACUGCUCGAAGUGUCAUAGGUACUCCUGAAUUCAUGGCGCCUGAGCUGUAUGAAGAGGAAUACAAUGAGCUUGUGGACAUCUAUUCUUUUGGCAUGUGUAUGUUGGAGAUGGUAACCUGUGAAUAUCCAUACAAUGAGUGCAGAAACCAGGCUCAAAUUUAUAAGAAGGUCACCUCGAAUAUAAAGCCUCAAUCUCUCAGCAAAGUUGAUGAUCCUCAAGUUAAGCAAUUCAUAGAGAAAUGUCUUCUUCCUGCCUCUUCAAGACCAACUGCUCUUGAGCUCUCGAAGGACCCCUUCCUUGCAAGAGAUGGGUGCAAGGACUCUGCUCUUCUUGUUUCAUCAAGUACAGCAUCUAAACCUGUGAGACCACCACUGAAUGAACAUCUUCCCAUGGAUGUGGAUCAUAAUGAGAAUAGAAGUGUCUCUAGUGGCUCCUCUCGAAAAAGCAACGAAGACUACUCGUGGUGCCAAACCAUUGAACUUCAGAGGUUUGCAGAGAAUAAAGAGUUCAGGUUGAGAGGAGAGAGGAGUGAUGAUGUCACAGCAGCAAUGCUUCUGCGAAUUGCAGGCUCAUCUGGUAAAUGUAGAAUCGUACACUUUGCAUUCUAUCUGCAUUCAGACACAGCUAAGGCAAUUGCUGAGGAAAUGGUUGAGGAACUACAUCUAACAAGCGAAGAGGUUAUUGUGAUAGCUGAUAUGAUAGAUGAGUUGAUGAUGCAGCUUAACUCUGACCGAACCUCGUCGCAUCAUAAUCAAAGCUCUCCACAUCUAGCCCAUGAAGAUCAUGAAGCAGCAAAUCAGCAAACUGUGAACUCGAAAGAUGAGGAAGCUGCUGGACAAUCAAUGAAGUCAGACAUAUCCGCAGACUAUUACUUACCCUUCUCUUCAAACAACGGAAAUGCUGCCAUGGAAGCAGGUCGAGAUGCAGAGUCAAUGAGCUCGUUUUUGGAUUCUUGCUCAAUGAUGUCAACCAUUUACAAUCUUUCCAUUUCAGACAAUGAAUACCCAGAAGAUCUCAAGACAGAACUGAACCUGAUCGAGUCACAGUUUAACCAGUCCUUCCAAGAUCUACUGAAACUAAAAGAGGAUGCUAUAGAGAACGCAAAGCGAAAAUGGAUUACGAAAAAGCAAAAAGCUGUGAUCAUCUCCUGAUUUUGAUAUUUUACUCUCCUUUUCGUCUUCUCUUCUUUGAGAUUGGUGUUACACACAUUUGGUAUUUGGAUAUAUUUGAUUUGAUGUAAAGAAUUUUUUUACUUAACCAA